CGGUGUUUGUUAUGAUUUAUACUUGUGUAGAGUUCAUGGUUUCUAUAAAUUAAUUUUAACGAGUAUAUAUAAUGCUGUGUGUGGAUGCACACCUAUAAGUACUACAAAGAGUAUUAACCCCCCGGGGGCCCCCCAGUGUCUUUGAAAGUAAUAAUUUUAUUUGUUAUUGACACCAAAAUGGAUAAGAAAACUCGUAGCAGUAACAAUAACAACAACAAUGGUAUGAAACCUCAUGGUUUUAAGAGACAACUUGAGGCAGAUAAAAUCAUAGGAAGUACCAAAUCAAACGGGGAAAUAUUAUUUCUAAUGAAAUGGAAAGGGACAGAGGAGAUUGAUCUUGUCACAGCAAAAGAGGCUAAUAAACUUUGUCCUCAAGUUGUUAUCAAAUUUUAUGAGGACAGGAUGACGUGGAAGCUGACAUAA